AUGGAUAACAGCAAGCCAGUGAAGACGCCUCAAGAUCCCGGCCUGAAGCUAACCAAGAACAUGUGUGAACAAGAAUGCAAGCACGAAGACACCAUGUGCAACGUGCCAUAUCGAAGUGCUGUCGGAGGCAUCAUGUAUCUCAUGGUCGCCACACGUCCGGAUCUAGCUGCUGCAGUGGGAUCAUUAUCCCAGUUCUCGUCCGACCCAUGCCCGACUCACUGGCAAGCUUUGAAGCGUGUGCUGAGAUACCUGCAAGCAACGCCCAAUCAUGGUCUUGAGUUUACACGUGAAGAAGGAAGCCGUAUCUGCGGGUACACCGACGCAGACUGGGCCGGCGACAUUGAGUCAAGACGAAGUACAAGCGGCUAUGUGUUCAUGAUGAACGGAGAAUGCAUCAGCUGGAAAAGCCAGAAACAACGGACGGUCGCGCUAUCUUCAACAGAAGCAGAAUACAUGGCGCUUUCCGAAGCAACCAAAGAAGCAGUAUGGCUCAAAGUGCUUUUGGGGGAACUUGGUGAGAUGACAAGCGACGAAGCGAUCAAGAUGUAUGAAGACAACCAAGGAUCAAUCGCUCUCGCCAAGAACCCGGAGUUCCAUAAGAGAACAAAACACAUCGACAUACGCUACCAUUUUGUGCGUGAGAAGGUGGAAUCAGGUGAAGUCGUUUUGGAGUAUUGCCCGACUCAAGAUAUGCUGGCAGACAUGAUGACCAAGCCGAUCGCCGCUGUACAAUUUGAAAACAUUCGCGAUCGACUUGGGAUCCAAGGUGCCGCAGCUAACGAGUCGAGAGGGAGUGUUGAAAAGACAGCGGCUGUGAAGAAGACACCUCGUCAAGCUGCGUCAAGUGUUGAAGCAAGUGGAAGACCAAGCUUCGCUAAACCGGUGGGUACCGGUAUGUACCAGUAA